CACGCCCAUUGCCUCAAAUGCAUAUGGUCGCGUAGCAACAUUCACAUAUCUCAACUAAAAAACAACAUGAUUUGCUCGAAAUUCUCUCUCCCUCGUAGGCGUAGCGACCAAGAGCAAAAAUCUUAAGCACCCACCAUUGCAUAUUCAUUCCAUACUAGCCAAUAAAUACUGCCACGUUAUGCAAAAAGGAGACAUUUUUGUUCUCUUCUCCAAUUAAAGGUGCGUUCAUGUUAAUUAUGGUAUACCCUUAUACAGGAGAACAUAACCCCCAUGCCACGUGGAUGAGGUCCUCAAUUAAAAAAUGAGUUAAAAGGUAGCCUCCCUCUGCCUUUCUUCUUCAUACUGGCCCAAGUUCCCAAACUGAAAAUUCCGCGAAAUCAUUUUCAUGGAAACCAAAUCCAAACCCAAACCCAAACUCCAUGUCCCGAACACCAUGAAACGAUCACUGUCUUCCAAUUCCGAUUCUCACUCUUAUUUUGAAUCCCCCCACUCCCCCCUCCGGCUCAAUUCGCCUCUCCCUUCUGAUCAGGGCGACCCCCAUGAUGAGUCCCCUACCUUUGUCUCCCCGAUGAACUCGCCGGGAAAGCUUCCACCGCUUGAAAACUCCAUGGCCAUCGUCGCUGUCGAUAAGUUCACUCAGUACACUCCGCAGCCUUCCCCUUUUCCGCAGGAGAAUGCUGCGUAUUCUCAAGCUAAGGCUCAGCCACAGACUCAUACUCCAGCGAUGAUGUUUAACAAGACGGUGAGAGAGGAGGGGCCGCCGGUCGUGGGAAAGGUGAGAACUGAUGGAAGAUCGGCAGCGGUGGAGUCGUGGAGAAGAAAGGAUAGGAGGAAGGUUGCUGAGUUAGGGUUUAGAAUUGCUGAGGUGGUCUUGUGCUUGAUUUCGUUCUCGGUUAUGGCCGCUGACAAGACUCAGGGGUGGAGUGGCGAUUCCUAUGAUCGUUACAGAGAAUACAGGUAUUGCUUGUCUGUGAAUGUUAUUGCAUUUGUAUAUUCGGGAUUCCAAGCUUAUGAUAUGAGCUAUCAUCUCGUUACGGGCAAACAUGUGAUGAGCCACCGUGUCCGCCGCCAUUUCAAUUUCUUAGUGGAUCAGGUAUUAGCAUAUCUUCUGGUUUCAGCUUCUUCAUCAGCAGCCACCCGAGUUGAUGACUGGCAAUCUAACUGGGGCAAGGAUGAGUUCACAGAAAUGGCUAGUGCUUCAGUCACAAUGGCCUUCCUGGCCUUUGUUGCCUUUGCUGUUAGCUCCCUUAUUUCUGGUUACAACUUACACAACAAUGGCUCAACUUAAUGCAGAGAUUUUCAGAGUGUAUCUAAUAAUGUUGUGGGUAAGGAAUUAAGCAAAUUUUCAAUGCAAAUAUUUUUUUUAUGCUGUACAGAGACGGAUAGGCAAUUAUUUUCAACCUUUUAUUUUUUCCUCCUCUCUCUUCUCCUUUUCCGUUACGUUUAGGAAUAUAGUAAAAUGAACAUUUGGAUC